AUGGCGGAGAUUGGGAGCUUUAGGUAUAACAGCCUAGAGGACGUUACGAAACAUGAGACCGUUAAUCUCACAGUUCUCGCCCUCUGUGGAUUUACUAGCCCAGGGAACAUACAAGAUGUGGGUCACAUCGGUGAGCUUAGAAAGCUUAGAUUGGGUUUCGGCAGUGUCGGAGAUGUUGCACUGGAUGUACUCCAUCGGAUGGUCCUCAUUCCAAUUGGGGCGGGGACGUCGGGCCACGUCGUAGACUUUCCAUGGACCACCAAGGGUGUCGUAGAGUCAGAGAAUCUUCGCCAAACUGUUGCCGACAAUACCGGUAACUCCUACUAUCAGGGCCAGGCUUUGGGCGAGGGUUGUUUGAUCCGUACCUUGGCUGCGCCAAUAGCACCUGACCACCACCAGCUCAUUUUUCUUAUUCCUUUGAUUGAAUUGGAUGAGAAAGGAAAGGACUAUGGGGUUACAACAAUUGUUGGAGGGAAAUGGGGUCGAGGGAGUCAUGUUGAUUGGGCAAGCGAAGAUGCAAAGUUUUCUAAUGAUUUUGAUGUGGUUUACAUUGGAAGCAGUUGCUCCCUACUUGUUGUAGACAGAGGAAACCGAGUCAUCAGAGAGAUCCAGCUAUAUUUUGAUGACUGUGCUUAUCAAUAUGGAAGUGUUGCAAUGAAAACAAGCACUACAGGAAUUCCUUAUCAGAAGCCUAUCAAUUCAUUCAGGCCACCUUUAAUCCCAACAGAAGAGGAACAAAAGAAGCAUGAAGAAAGCCUAUUUGGGUCCCUUGGCAAGCUUGUCAUCAACACUUGGGCGUCUAUUGCAGAAAUUUUGGGAGGUGAACCUUACACUCGGGCACGUAACAUUCUCCUCCAAUUAGGACACUCGCAUUCCCUUAUAACCUCUUCUCCCUCAUCAAUUAACAUUGCGGAACAAUCCUUGAAGGACAAUAAAACUUAUGAGACCUAA